AUGAUUCAUCAUUUGGCAGAAAUUUUUGUGGUACUUUUGCAUAUUUUUGUAAACCUAAGUGAGUUACAGAAUGUUUCUAGAGGUAUAUAGAUUUUUGUUAGAUCGUUUAUCAGUUUUGCUUUAUCCUCAAAAUUCUGGGAAUCCAGAAAACUCCAAAUCCUUCUCAAUAUUUUUCUUUUCGACUGGCAUAAGUGUUUCUGCAUUUUUUGUUUAUUCAAUCAAAACUCCUGGAUUAGAAGUCAUUGGAUAUUUUAUUCUAAUUAUUCUGAAUUUCCUGAAUCUAUUUCUAGAAAUCAAACUGAAUCAAUUAUCCAAAAAGGUAUUUCUGAAAACGCGGGGAAUUAUAAAUCUUUCAGGAAGAUUUGAAUUAUAUUCAUCGAAAAAAAUCAUCAAGUCUUUUAUGUUUGCAAGUAUCACUGGAAUUAUUCUCAAAUUCUGUUUGUUUUCCUACGGAAUUUCGUACAUGA